GCUUGAGCCGUUCUGUCAUUGAUUGUCAUUGAUUACUGAUUAUUGAAAUAUGAAUUAUAAUCAGUACUUCAGUAGGUAUAAUAAAGUUGUUGUUUGAAAUUGCCGCCGAAACAAAAUACUCGUCAAGUGUAAUAUUAACUUGAAGAAAAUAUAUUUAAAAAUUAAGGCUGAAAUAUGAGCAAGCGAAAAAAUCAUUCAGAAAACGAUAACCUUAAUAGAGAUUUUUGUGAUUUUUUGAUGGAAUUAGCAGAUUAUGAAAAGAAUGUGAGUCGUAAUAUUCAUAAAUUCAAUGCGUAUAAAAAAGCAGCAAGCGUUUUAGCAUCACAUAGUAAACGAAUUGAAUCAGGAGAAGAAGCUAAAAAAUUAAAUGGCAUAGGAGAGAAAAUUUCGAAGAAAAUUGAUGAAUUUUUGCAAACAGGUAAACUAAGAAAAUUAGAAAAUAUACAUCAAGAUGAAAAUGCACAAGCUCUUAGUUUGUUGACAAGAGUAUCGGGUAUAGGACCAGUCAAGGCUGCAGAACUUCUUAAUGCUGGUAUAAAGACGUUAGAUGAUUUAAGGAAUAAUAAAAAUAAACUUAACCAUCACCAACUUAUUGGAUUAAAAUACUUUGAAGACUUUGAAAAAAAGAUCCCUAGAUCAGAGGUUCAGAAAAUAGAAACUAUAAUUCGAACUGAGAUUACAAAUUUAGACACUCAGUACACGAUUACUAUUUGUGGUAGUUACAGACGAGGAAAAUUAGAAAGUGGUGAUAUAGAUGCUCUGAUUACUCACCCUUCACUUAUAAUAAAUAGUGAAAAGAACAAAGGCCACAACAAAUUGCUAAAAAGUAUAGUAACAGCUUUAAACGAUCUUAUUACCGACACAAUAUCAAUGGGUGAUACUAAAUUUAUGGGAGUGUGUCGUUUAUCUAAUGAGCAUCCAUUUCGGCGUUUGGACAUACGUCUCAUUCCCAACGAGCAAUAUUACUGCGCCGUGCUUUACUUCACAGGAAGUGAUGUCUUUAAUAAACAAAUGAGGACACACGCUCUUGAGAAUGGUUUCACUCUUAAUGAAUAUUUCUUAAGACCGAUAGGAGUAACCGGAGUUCCUGGUGAAGCAGUUCAAAUUACUUCAGAAGAAGAAAUUUUCGAUUACAUUAACUACCCAUACAAAAAACCAGAAGAGAGAAAUAUGUAAAUCAUACAUUUUAAAACUUUUAUCAGUUUCUGUUGUUACCAUAUAACACAACAACGCUUACUGCUACUGACUAUUGUCACAAUAUAAAUUACUGCAAAUAAA